UGUAUGAUUGCGAGGAGGCUGGGAGUUACAACUGGGUGGAGAUGUCCGGGUCGCGCUUUUUGUUAAAUAUUGAUGAAAGCAUAACUGAUAACCUCGAGUGGAAGUCUUUACCGGUUUAUCAGAAGCAAAGAGCUCAAAACAACCCAACCUUAGACAACUGGGCCCGGUUUCGCUUUACAAGGAUUGUUUCCUGGCUCCCUGCCCCCGUCGGGGUGCUGCAAAAAUGUAACUGCCAUCAUAUUCCUGCAAUCUCCAGGUUUCAUGAGUUGGGAAGGUAGACGGUUGCGGAUGGGGAUCUGUCUGGAUAGAGAGAGCCGUGGACAGGACGGGUUUGCCUAGACGAAGGGUCUCGGUUGCGGUUCCGGUGGGUUCUCUGCCCUCGGCACCUCCCGCGCUGCCUGUUUGUUGACGCGCUGGUGCGAGUUUUCACAACAGUUCCUGUGGAUAAAGCAGCCUCCCCGCCCCACCCGCACUCUGUCUCUCGCCGCCCGCCUGCAGAGUGUGACCGGGACUUGCUCUCUGCCCGCCGGGCUCUCGUCGAUGGCUCCACGCUCGCACUCUCCCUCGCUUACUGUGGUCUGUUUUCUCCUCGUCUGCGGCGCCAGGGUCCGAGCGCACGGGAGAAUGUUUGUGCUCCAUGCAAGGGAUGAGAACAUGCAGUGGGACAUGUCUACAGCCGAGGGCUUGUGCAUGGAACAGGGAGCACAUCUGGCCACGGCCGAAGAGCUGCAGAGAGCUGUGGAGGAGUGUGCGUUCAUGGAAUGUACCACUGGCUGGAUCGCAGGCAACCAGAUCGGGACAAUUAUGUGCAGUAACAUGGGCUUUGUUCAACAAGAAACCCAAAGUGUCCGUGUGAAAACUGAACCAGCUUCUUCAGGCGGUCAAUAUGAUGCCUUCUGCAUUAAAGACAAAGGUAAACCUUGUGGAGACCCUCCCUCCUUUCCCAACAUUGUACUUCAGGACUACAUUGGAACUGAAAUGGGCGAUGAGCCGCUGUACAUCUGUGCACAGGGCUAUAUCAUGGCCAGUGGAGAGAAAGCCUUCAGCUUGUUGUGUAAUAGCUGUGGAGAGUGGUAUGGGUUUGUGCAAGCUUGUGUAAAAGAUGAAGCUGAAGGCCACAUUGACUAUGAAGACAAAUUCUCCAAUGCAGACUCACCGCCAUUUUCAGACCCUACUGGAAAACACGACCGAGCCCUCCCUGCUGAAGAUGAUGUGGAAGGUCCUGAGGGUGGAUUAGAUGAGGCAGCUGACAGGUCAUUAAGAGAAAGCAGCAGAGAAAUCAUGCAACCAACUGAGUCACCAGUCUCUUUCCUCAGCCAGAGGCAACUACCUUGGUUCCCCUCAGAAUUCCCAAAUGUUAAGCAGCCCAGUACCAGGAAAGCAGAUGUGGAGUCAAGAAUUUUAAUCCCUGCAAAUGACAAUCAAAUUGCAGCAAAGGCUGAAAAUGAUGAGGGAGACCGAACGGGAGAAGAUGAAGACUUGUCCAUUGGACCAUCCAUUGUGCAGAAUGAGACUAAAAUUAGCAAGGAAACAGUGGCUAAGACAAACAGGUCACUUCACCAGGUGGAUGGUUACCCCAUUAUAUCAGAAACAGAAGAAAGUAAGGUUACUGGAUCCAUGGAAACACAGGAGGAAGCUCUUGCCACUACAGACCAUUCCAACCAUAUGGAAAUCAGGACAGGUGCUUCAAGCAACACCUUGGCCAAUCAUCACACUCGACUCAUGACUGCACCAACAGGGCACUUGGACCUAGAUGUUCAGACACCAGUACCUGAAAUAAUCAGUGUCAGUAGAGACAGUGAGAUCCCCACAACUACAUUGUGGGGUCAAGUCACUGAAGAAUUGUGGAAAUUCUCUGAUCCUACUACUGACUCCUCUCUGCUUCUCACAAACGCCAGAGAAACAGUAAGUGAGGAUGUGCACCCUGUAGACAGAGCUGCAGUAUCUACACCAGUAGCUGGUGUUUCAACACUUUACAGUCCAGCCACACCUGAAGCAAGUGCUCAGACUCUGACAGAUUUUUCAGCCUUUGACACGAUUGAUCACUUCACCAGAAGUAGGAAUUUCAGUGAUAGGGCUGAGGCUAAGUUGCUGCCGACAGUCGAGAGCUGCAGGGGGGAGAACUGCCCCAGCUCCCACCAGGGCCCCCUGAUUGCCACGAUUGUCGCGGUGAUCGGUCUGCUCACCCUGGCUGUUAUCUUGGCAACAUGGUGCUACAGGCACAGGCACCAGAAAACAUCUGUGUAUGAGCUGAAUGGUCAGGCAUAGGCAACACAUUGAAAUGCAGCAGAGAGUGUAAGUGUUUUUUUGAAGGGAGAUCCACACUCACAGGGACAUUCACAGCCGGCAUCUCACUGCAACACUGCACACAUUGAAUAUUCAAAGCACUAUUAGAAAUAAGUUAAUAUUACACAGAAGUAUGCUUUCAAUAUGUGGAAAAUUUAAAAAGAAAAGUGAGCGGGUCACUCAAACUUGCACCACAGGUGGAGAGGAGAUGUCUGCAUCUCUCCGUAGGGGCGGCCUCACUGAUUUGGUAAGGGGAUUGGUAGAAACAAGCUCAGACAUUCCAUGUACAGUAGGAGUCUGGCAAAAGGGAGGGUUGGGGGGGGGGGAGGGUGUGACUUAAAGUGGCUGCUGCCUGCAACAAGCCAAGAAAUUUAAUUGGCUUGCAGGGUUUAGUUAACACCACAGUAACUAUCAAUCUUUCCUUCAAAAACCAAAGGCAACAAGGUCAUUCAUUGUGUCUGACACACAGGAUCGUAUUAAGUGAAGGUUUCCUUACCCAAUGCCGAAGAUAGAUGGGGUUUCAAGCCACUAUAUUCCAGCCACACGAAACAUUUACUGGCCUUUGAUAGAUUUUCCAGCACUACAUUUUG